AUAGAGGUGUGACGUAACGAGGAGGCGGGUCCCGCACCGGGUCACGUGACACCGCUGCGGCGCAGCUCGAGCGUCUGUCUGGAACGGAACCGAAUCACCGGACAACGCCGCUCCGUUUACCGGCCCAGCGCGAUCUUCCGCCUCCCGUGACGCGUUCCAGCAGCGGCGGCAUCAUGUCGGCGGUGCAGCGGAUGAAAGUAGCGAACGAGAAACACAGUAAGACGAUCACACAGAGAGGACACGUGCAGAAAACCACGCGUGUGGUGAAUGAGGAGAAGUCUCCGGUGGGUCCGUGGCUCCUCGCGCUCUUUGUGUUCGUGGUCUGUGGAUCAGCCAUCUUCCAGAUCAUCCAGAGCAUCAGGCAGGGCAUGUGAGCCGUCCGUCUGCAGACGCCUGAACUCAGACACUCACACUGAUCUUCCACGCGGUCAUUGGCUUCUGUUCAUCUCUCAGUUGUUUUACAGCUGAUUUUAACUCGUGAGUGUGUGUGUGUGAGUGAGUGUGUGUGUGAGUGAGUGA